AAGGUUAGUUUUGAAGUCUCGACUCAGCCUUUAGACGGAAGAACUGAGAGCGCCCAAAAAACCCUAGCUGGCAGUUUCCCUUCACUGCGAAGAUGCAGAUCUUCGUGAAAACCUUAACGGGGAAGACCAUAACCUUGGAGGUUGAAUCGUCCGACACCAUCAACAAUGUGAAGGCCAAGAUCCAGGAUAAGGAAGGCAUCCCGCCGGACCAGCAGCGUCUUAUAUUCGCCGGAAAGCAGCUGGAGGACGGUCGCACCCUCGUCGACUACAACAUCCAGAAGGAGUCCACUCUUCACCUCGUUCUCCGCCUCCGGGGUGGUGCCAAGAAGCGCAAGAAGAAGACCUACACCAAGCCGAAGAAGAUCAAGCACAAGCAUAAGAAGGUUAAGCUCGCUGUUCUGCAGUUCUACAAGGUUGAUGAUUCUGGAAAGGUCCAGAGGCUCCGUAAGGAAUGCCCUAAUGCUGAGUGUGGUGCGGGAACUUUCAUGGCUAACCAUUUUGACAGGCACUACUGUGGUAAGUGUGGUCUCACCUAUGUUUACGACAAGGCUGGUGGCGAUUGAGGAAUGGUUUUAUUGCCUAUGGAAUUUACUGUUUUUUUUGUCUAGAUCAUUUAAUAUGAACAAUUAUAUUAUUUAGGGGUUUUAAUCAUGAGAUUCCGUUUGAUUGACUUGAUGAGAGUCGGAAACUUAUUUUACUUUAAUUCAGUUACUACAACUCUUGUUGCUGAAUUUUUCUAA